GUUCCAACAGCAAAAUUUUGUACACUAACCAGAAAAAAUGGCAGCUAUCUCACUUCUCAAACUAGCCCGCGUCAUUGUGGCCAUCUGUAUGGUAUUGGGAGCCACCUCCCGUGCAAUAGAGGCAGCUUUAUCAUGCAGUGGAGUUAGUGACACUCUGUCACCCUGCAUGCCAUACCUGAAGGGCAGUGGUCCUACCCAGGCAACUCCAUCAGAAAGCUGCUGCGCUGGGGUAAGGUCACUCAAGGCCACAGCCGAACAAACAGGUGAGCAUAGGGCCCUCUGUGAGUGUAUGAAAUCAACUGCAGCUAGCAUCAAAGGACUCAACAAUGACCUUGCAGCUAAGCUUCCUGCACAGUGUGGGGUUACCAUGUCUUACACCUUCAGCCCCAACACUGACUGCACCAAAGUAACGGGUUAGAGCUACAGGGAAGAUGGAAAAAGUUUCACUAAUAAAGUUCGUGGAUGAGACUCUACCUAAGAGUCUCCUUGUUUCAUUGUAGUGAAGUUUAUAUUUCUCUGUACUGGAGUUUGAUGUCCUAGAAAACUUAUUCUAACAAUAAAUUGCAGUUUGAUGGAAUCAAAAUGAUAAAUUGACAACUUCACACAAAUAAACCUUCUAAAUCCCUGGCUGAUGUAAUUGUUCCACUUUACAAAUAAUGUAAUGAGAUUUUAGCCUUAAAAAACGGAUUUCUUCAACUCUAAAC